AUGUCACAUAAUGUUACGGAAUCAAAUAUGGUCAAAGGGAACAUGCAAAAUGAACCUCAAGAUGUCCAGAAUAAUAGUUCUGAUGAAUCGGUGACGUUCAAACUAGCUCGCUCGAUCUCAACUGUGUUUACUCACAUCUGCAUUGGUGUUGUGGUUGGGAGUGCUAUAUUAUUUGCGUUCAGAAACGGUACUCCUUUAAAUGCGACAAAUCUACAUUUAUUACUUUGUGUGAUAGGGUAUCAACUGUUGAUGGCUGAAGCGAUCAUAUCUCUUUCACCAGCCAGUUGGCUUUCAAAUUUGAAACUGAGACACAAGAGGCUAGUACAUAUGAUCGUACAGAUUAUUGGCUCGUUAAUGGUCAUCGCUGGUAGUUUCAUCAAAAUUGCUGACAAGGAGAUCCACUGGAAUACAUUGCAUGGACAGUUUGGUCUUGUUGCGUUGGUUUUUACCUCGGUUUCCCUGGUGAAUGGACUCACUUCGUUCUAUGCCAAUAAAUUUCACAGGUUCAUACCCGGGGCCUUAUCUAAGUUGACUCACAUUUGCUUCGGAAUCGUCUCCUUGUCUGCUGCUUCCAUCUGCCUCUCGUACGGCUUCGAUAAAAACUUCUUCAGAAACUGGGCUACUUCCAAUCUUGCAGAUACUCUUAUUGUAUUGACACUCGUCUUCACAAUUAUUGUGAUCAUUAGCCCUUUCAUUACAUUCUUUAAACGAUUAAAAGGACAUUUUAGAAAGUGA